AUGGGCCGACUCUCACCUAAUCAACCUAUUAAAGUGCAAGAAAGACUCACACCUAUAAUCGGCAGGGGAGACAAAAUAUCGUUUUGGUUGGAUAAUUGGGCGGCUGAGGUACCUCUACGUGUACUAUUCCCUAACUUAUUCGCAAUUGAAACCGAGAAGCAAUGCAAAGUGAUGGAUCGUUACACUUAUAACCAAGGAAAGGCGGUAUGGUUUUGGGGCAGUAAUCAUACAAUUAGCAGCAAUGAUCUGGCAAUUGAAUGGGGGGAAUGCUUAUCUCUGAUAGAGAAAGUCAAUAUUCAGUUGAAGGACGACAAUUGGCAAUGGAAGACAGAUGCAGUAGCAGAAAAUUUUACGGUCAGUAAGCUCAGAUCGGAGUUGGAUCACAAUGACACUUUGAACGAGACAAGAGUUAUCAAAUGGUUACACUGGAUCCCGAAGAAGGUAAACUGCUUCCUUUGGAGGGUGGUCCUCGACCGUUUAGCAACAAAAGAAGCAUUACAAUUGAGAAACAUUCCACUUACUUCCAAUAGCUGCCCUUUCUGCAACAUUGCGGUGGAAUCGUUUUCAAAAAAUGUAAUAUACGUGUCAACAUCCUUUUUAGCAUAUCAUGAAUUUUAUUCUUUUCUCGAUAGUGGUGACUACUCUACGGUUCCCGCUAUCCCUGGCUACGGAUGGAUUAAACCGUCGCAACAGUUUUGGUUUCAACAAACGUCGAUGAAGCUUCAGAGAAAGUCGAAAGCUCCGGGACUUGCUUACUUCCACAUCCCAUUGCCUGAGUAUUCAAGCUUUGACUCGUCAAGCUAUACGGGCGUUGAACUAGAACCUGGGAAUCCCCCGAUUAGCUCUGCUUCAGUUAACUCCGGUUUCUUCACGACGCUGGUGGGAGCUGGGGAUGUGAAAGCGGUUUUCGUGGGUCAUGAUCAUAUCAAUGAUUUUUGUGGGGAGCUGACGGGAAUUAAUCUAUGUUAUGCUGGUGGAUUCGGGUACCAUGCGUAUGGAAAGGCGGGAUGGUCAAGAAGGUCAAGGGUUGUUGUCGCGUCGUUAGAGAAAAAGUCGAAUGGUAGUUGGGGAGCGGUUGAGUUCAUCAAAACGUAUAAACGCCUUGACGAUGGAAACCUAACUGUGAUUGAUAAUCAGGUACUUUGGACUAAGACUCCAUCUAUGAAAUGGUAGAAAGAAAGAAAAAAGUGUUGUUUCAAUCAUCCCAAAAGUCUAAUGAAUACUUGUACCAACCAUAAAUCCCACAUACUAAGAGAAAAUGGACACUUGUAUUCAGUUCUAUGAAUCGUUUUCGUGUAUUGGUGUGAGUUACUAUAUCGAAAUUUCGGCCAUCCGUUAUUGUACUGAGGAUCCGAAGGCAGAGACUUGGUAUUGGUAUAUUGUAUAUAUGUAUUUGAUAAGUCUUGUAUUGUUUUGCCUCUUAAUAUAAAAGUUUAAUGAAGGACUUGGGUUGAAUGAUAA